AUGGUCAAUCAAAUGGAAAAGUUCCUUAGAGUAUCGCUUGUAUUGACUGGCUUUGCUGGAUUGGUCUUAGCACAAAAUCCGCAAGUGCAAGCCCGGUGCGCCCAGGUUUCGUAUGCGUUAUUCGAAGAUCAAGACGACUGUGGACAGUUCGUGUUCUGCCAGGGAGGCACAGCUGAACAGCUCGAGUGUCUGACAGACGAGAUUUGGUUUCAAUCGAGGACUGCUUGUGUGCUGGGAAAUCGCAGCACUUGUGAACCCUGGGAUCCUCAGGAUGCGUGUGACGGACGGCCAAAUGGUCCAACAGUGUAUCCAAGAAACUGCAUGCAGUUCAUAAAUCGCACCGAGCUGCAGGCAGAAGUGAUCGAGUGUUUGCCAGGUUUUGUGUAUGUGGAAAACGGAACUAGCUGCCAGGUGGGAAAUGCCAUAUCAUGUGAGCCGUUGUCAUCUCUGUGUGCAGUCAACGAUACCAGUGAUCUUUUUCCCCAUCCAAUUCUUUGUAACGCCUACAUUCGGUGUAACAAAACCGAAGCUGUUUUGGAGUAUUGUUCAGAAAAUGAGAUAUUUGAAGCUAACCUCCGGAUUUGCGUACCAGGGAAAGCCGAAACGUGCACGGCUACCCCGGCGGACGCAAUUUGCGAUGUAAAAUCAGACGGCGUUUUUCCGCAUCCAGAAGAAUGUACUAAAUUUGUGCAGUGCAGUGAAAGCAUCACCAAUAUUGUUGAUUGUCAGCAAGGAGAAAUUUUUAACCCAAGUAUCGCUGACUGUUCCGUAGGUAAUACGGAGAACUGUCUGCUACUGGACACUAUUUGCAUCGAUCAGCAGAAUGGAGCGUUACUUAAUUUUUCAUUCGUACCAGGAAAUAAAGAAACCUGUGAGUUUACACCACUUGAAGAAAUGUGCGACCAUGUACCAUUUGGAACGAUUUUUCCCAAUCCGUACGAUUGUACGCAGCGUGUUAGUUGUUCAAAUAACAUAAAUGUUCCCGACUUGUGUCUCAAUCAUACUAUCGUAGAGCCUGGUACUCUCGAUUGCGUCCCUGGCGACCAAGAAAGUUAUCGAUUUUUGGACUCAUUCUGCGAAGGAAUCAAUUAUGGUAACGUGGAAUUUCCCAGCGACUGCAGAGUGUACGUGUCAUGCGACCAAGAGGUGGCGACUUUCGUUGAGUGCUUGCCAGGAGAAAUUUUCAGUGCGUCCGAGCAAACAUGCAUUUCUGGCAACACGCUCGAGUGUGAUCCCCUAGGUUGUGCCGAGCAAGAGAACAGCACUUUGAUUCAUCCGAAUCAUUGCAAUAAGUUUAUAAUUUGUUACAAUGGACAAAUAUCUCUUCAUCCGUGUCCCAUUGGUGAUAUCUUCAAUCCCACGUUUCUGGUUUGCACCGCGGGAGAUCCUACAACCUGCGAGUUUCAUCCGGUCGAACAAAUGUGCGUCGGUCACUACAAUGAUACUCAGACUUGUCCGGAUGAAACUGUACUGCAACCGCAGACACUGUACUGCUUUCCCGCAAUUUUGCCGCAUCCAACGAGUUGUGAUAUGAAAAUAAUAUGCAUCGCCGGUUUACCCGUCAUUAAGCGGUGUCCUGAAGGAGAAAUCAUAAACGAAAAUAUGGUCUGUGUUCCCGGUGAUGUCAUUGAUUGUUUUUGCUUAGGAAGAGCAAAUGGUCUAUACAAGCACCCAGGCGAUUGUAGUCAAUAUUUGCGUUGUUCAAACGAGGAAGUAGAACGAAUCACUUGUCCAGAAGGCGAAAUUUUCCGUGAAGAUAUGUUACUGUGUGUACCUGGAGAUUCCACUAGCUGUGUUCCAGCUCAAGUGGGUGAUAUGUGCGAGGGUCGUCCAGAUGGGCAAAGAUAUCCGCACCCAUAUGAAUGUGAUCAAUUCGUCGUUUGUGCGGAUGAGUUACCAACGGUGAGUGCAUGCGAUCGUGGUAAUGUUAUACAACCGGGAACGGGAAACUGUGCAGCAGGAAAUGCUGGAACCUGCGAACUAUACGACAAUUUAUGCGUAGAGGAGGAGACUGACAUCGGUCAUCCUGAGUAUUGUGACAUAUUCAUCGAUUGUCAACUGGAAACGGGUGUCGCGAAAUCUUGUUCGAGAGGAGAAAUAUGGGAUCACGGUAGUUCAAGUGGCCUGCCAGGUACGGUUGAACCGUGCGAAGUGUUAAACUUAUGCUCUGAAGAAGAAGAUGACGUAAGGUUACCGCAUCCCGAGUUCUGCGACAUUUAUAUUGAAUGCGUAGAGUCUGAGGAUACGAUCGUAGCAUGUCCAGUAGAUCGGAUAUUUGAUUUCACGACAGGAGAGUGUGUUGCUGGAGAUAGUGAGACUUGUGAAGUGAAUCCCGAGCAAUAG